UAUUGCCACUAUUAUUAUUGGAUGGAAGGCCGAGCAAAUGAAAAAGUAUCCUUUGAAAAGAAAACCAAUACAAGAGGCGAAGGCGAUAAAAAUUGCUUCCAAUUGCGGAGUCUGAUGAGCGGUCGCUGCGCUUGCCGUUGCCGCUUUGCCAUUUAGAACAGUCUGCUCAGGUGAACAAGCUGGCUGUGAGUUCCCAUUACUGAGGUGGUUGGUGCUGAGAGUUCCUUUACCAAGUGAAAAGAAGCCAAUUUCCAUAUAUGGAUAUAUUUGAUGCUUCCCAAGGAUACUGCUUUUCAUGGUGAAAUACAAAUUUCAAGCCACUCUAAGGCAGCAAGCCAAACUGUGGUAUAUGUAUACCAACUUUCCACAUCUGCUGCUAAUGGCAACUCUAAUGACAUCUCCUAGCUAUCCAAGAAAUAUUAAUCUUUCAUCUGGAGAAUGUCUCAGAUCUGGAGCUGUAGUUGUAAAGUUUGAAGGAUGCUUUCAUACGGUUGCUUCUGCUUUUGGCCAGAAACUCUGUUCUCAAUGUUCUUAUGUUUAUUUGGCCGAACCAUAUUGGGACAACAAUUUUAGGAGAGCAGCAUGGCAGAUUAAGAGUAGUACAGAUAGCAGUGGAUUGGAUCCUUCUUCCUCAAGCAGCAAUAGUGGUGGAACCCGAUUAGUUAGGGCCAUCCAAGCCUUGCAGACAAAGAUAGUGGGAAGAAUUCAGGAGAUCAGGAAAAAUCUUCCAAUGAAAUUGCUCUUUUUCUUGGUUGGAUUUUAUUGUGCAACUGCCUUUGCCACUGUUAUUGGUCAGACAGGUGAUUGGGAUAUUCUAUCUGCUGCCUUGGCUGUGGUUGUGGUGGAGGGGAUUGGAGCACUCAUGUAUAGAGCUUCUUUUCCCUUGUUCAACAAUGUUAGGAGCCUUAUCACCAUGUUUAAUUAUUGGAAGGCUGGGCUUUCUCUUGGUCUAUUUUUGGAUUCAUUUAAAUAUGAAUUUAACGACAUUAUGAACUACAGUAACCCCUUUUAUUUUGAAAUGGAUAUAUUCCCUUUCUUCUUUUGAAACUCA